AGCCUCGUGGUAGCGGUAAAGGGAGAAGCGGGCCAAGAGUGACGACUUGCACCAGUUCCUCCUGCUUCUUAUUCCCCAGGACUCCGGGCUACCAGACCUGUCGCCCAGUCUGAAGCAAGUGAUGGAGGCUCCGUUGCAAACAGGAAUGAUGGGGACGCCGAGGCAGGGGCCGACUGUGACCUCCUCGGGGGCGGAGGACUUGACCGAACGGGGUGGAGACGGGGGCGUCCCGGCCUCCGGGGAGGGCUCGGCAGGCCGCGUAUGCGAUGCGCAGCCAGUGCCCUUCGUCCCGCAGGUGCUGGGCGUGAUGAUUGGGGCCGGAGUCGCGGUGCUGGUCACGGCCGUGCUCAUCCUCCUGCUGGUGCGGAGGCUGCGAGUGCCGAAAACGCCAGCACCGGACGGCCCCCGGUAUCGAUUUCGGAAGAGGGACAAAGUGCUCUUUUAUGGUCGGAAGAUUAUGCGGAAGGUAUCACAAUCUACUUCCUCUCUGGUGGAUGCUUCUGUCUCCACCACCUCCCGGCCACGCAUGAAGAAGAAACUUAAGAUGCUCAACAUCGCCAAAAAGAUCCUUCGUAUCCAGAAAGAGGCACCAACACUGCAACGAAAGGAGCCCCCGCCGGCGGUGCUCGAGGCUGACUUGACGGAGGGUGACCUGGCUAACUCCCACCUGCCCUCUGAGGUGCUCUACAUGCUCAAGAAUGUCCGGGUGCUGGGCCACUUCGAGAAGCCGCUUUUCCUGGAGCUCUGCCGACACAUGGUCUUCCAGCGGCUCAGCCAGGGGGAUUACGUCUUCCGGCCAGGCCAGCCGGAUGCCAGUAUCUACGUGGUGCAGGACGGGCUGCUGGAGCUCUGUCUCCCGGGGCCGGACGGGAAGGAGUAUGUGGUGAAGGAAGUGGUCCCUGGGGACAGCGUCAACAGCCUUCUGAGCAUCCUGGAUGUCAUCACUGGCCACCAGCACCCCCAGCGGACUGUGUCUGCCCGGGCAGCCCGAGACUCCACAGUGCUGCGGCUGCCCGUGGAGGCCUUCUCUGCUGUGUUCACCAAGUACCCCGAGAGUUUGGUGCGGGUGGUGCAGAUCAUCAUGGUGAGGCUGCAGCGGGUCACCUUUCUGGCGCUUCACAACUACCUAGGUCUGACCAACGAGCUGUUCAGCCACGAGAUCCAGCCCCUACGCCUGUUCCCCAGCCCUGGCCUCCCAGCCCGCACCAGCCCCGUGCGCGGCUCCAAGCGGGUGGUCAGUACCUCAGCUGCAGAGGAGCCUAGAGAGAGUCCUGGCCGGCCUCCUGACCCCACUGGGGCCCCACUGCCCGGACCUGCAGGGGACCCAGUGAAGCCUACGUCCCUGGAGGCUCCCUCGGGCCCCCUGCUGAGUCGCUGCAUCUCCAUGCCAGUGGACAUUUCAGGCUUGCAGGGCGGCCCCCGCUCGGACUUUGACAUGGCAUAUGAGCGCGGCCGGAUCUCCGCGUCCCUGCAGGAGGGGGCUUCAGGGGGGCCCCAGGCAGCUCCCGCUCGGACCCCCACUCAGGAGCUCCGGGAGCAGCCAGCAGGAGCCUGUGAGCACAGCUAUGGUGAGGACGAGCUGGCCGCCGGUGGCUGCCCGUUUGGGCCCUACCAGGGACGCCAGACAAGCAGCAUCUUUGAGGCAGCAAAGCGGGAGCUGGCGAAACUGAUGCGGAUUGAGGACCCCUCCCUCCUGAACAGCCGAGUCUUGCUACAUCACGCCAAAGCUGGUACCAUCAUCGCCCGCCAGGGAGACCAGGAUGUGAGCCUGCACUUUGUGCUGUGGGGCUGCCUGCAUGUCUACCAGCGCAUGAUUGACAAGGCAGAGGACGUGUGCCUGUUCGUGGCACAACCUGGGGAGCUGGUGGGCCAGCUAGCAGUGCUCACCGGCGAGCCCCUAAUCUUCACACUGAGAGCCCAGCGUGACUGCACCUUCCUGAGGAUCUCUAAGUCCGACUUCUAUGAGAUUAUGCGAGCACAACCCAGUGUGGUGCUGAGUGCCGCGCACACCGUGGCCGCGAGGAUGUCACCCUUCGUGCGCCAGAUGGACUUUGCCAUCGACUGGACAGCGGUGGAGGCCGGCCGUGCUUUGUACAGGCAGGGCGACCGCUCAGACUGCACCUACAUUGUGCUCAAUGGACGGCUGCGCAGUGUCAUCCAGCGGGGAAGCGGCAAGAAGGAGCUGGUGGGCGAGUAUGGCCGAGGGGACCUCAUCGGUGUGGUGGAGGCGCUGACACGGCAGCCUCGUGCCACGACAGUGCACGCGGUGCGCGACACGGAGUUGGCGAAACUCCCGGAGGGCACGCUGGGCCACAUCAAACGGCGAUACCCGCAGGUCGUAACUCGUCUCAUCCACCUGCUAAGCCAGAAGAUUUUAGGGAAUUUGCAGCAGUUGCAGGGACCCUUCCCAGGCUCAGGACUAGGCGUGCCCCCUCCCUCGGAGCUUACCAACCCAGCCAGCAACCUGGCAACGGUGGCCGUCCUGCCGGUGUGUGCUGAGGUGCCUAUGGUGGCCUUCACUCUGGAGCUGCAGCAUGCUCUGCAAGCCAUCGGUCCCACACUCCUCCUCAACAGUGACAUCAUCCGGGCCCGCCUGGGGGCUUCUGCUCUGGAUAGCAUCCAGGAGUUCCGGCUCUCAGGGUGGCUGGCCCAGCAGGAGGACGCGCACCGCAUCGUUCUCUACCAGACCGACGCCUCGCUGACACCCUGGACCGUCCGUUGCCUGCGACAGGCCGACUGCAUCCUCAUUGUGGGCCUGGGCGACCAGGAGCCCACUCUCGGCCAGCUGGAGCAGAUGCUGGAGAACACAGCGGUGCGCGCCCUCAAGCAGCUGGUCUUGCUGCACCGGGAGGAGGGCGCGGGCCCCACGCGCACGGUGGAGUGGCUGAACAUGCGCAGCUGGUGCUCGGGGCACUUGCAUCUGCGCUGUCCGCGCCGCCUCUUCUCCCGCCGCAGCCCCGCCAAGCUGCACGAGCUCUAUGAGAAGGUUUUCUCCAAGCGCGCCGACAGGCACAGCGACUUCUCCCGCCUAGCGCGGGUGCUCACCGGCAACACCAUCGCCCUGGUCCUGGGCGGGGGCGGUGCCAGGGGCUGCUCACACAUCGGCGUGCUGAAGGCAUUGGAGGAAGCAGGGGUACCUGUGGACCUAGUAGGCGGCACAUCCAUCGGCUCCUUCAUCGGGGCCCUGUACGCGGAGGAGCGGAGUGCCAGUCGCACGAAGCAGCGGGCCCGGGAGUGGGCCAAGAGCAUGACCUCGGUGUUGGAGCCCGUGCUGGACCUCACGUACCCUGUCACCUCCAUGUUCACCGGCUCGGCCUUCAACCGCAGCAUCCACCGGGUCUUCCAGGACAAGCAGAUUGAGGACCUGUGGCUGCCCUACUUCAAUGUGACCACGGACAUCACUGCCUCAGCCAUGCGUGUCCAUAAAGACGGCUCCCUGUGGCGCUACGUCCGCGCCAGCAUGACGCUCUCGGGCUACCUGCCGCCGCUGUGCGACCCGAAGGACGGGCACCUCCUCAUGGACGGCGGCUACAUCAACAACCUGCCAGCGGACAUCGCCCGCAGUAUGGGUGCCAAGACAGUCAUCGCCAUCGAUGUGGGAAGCCAGGAUGAGACGGACCUCAGCACCUAUGGGGACAGCCUGUCUGGCUGGUGGUUGCUGUGGAAGCGGUUAAACCCCUGGGCCGACAAGAUCAAGGUUCCAGACAUGGCCGAGAUCCAGUCCCGCCUGGCCUAUGUGUCCUGCGUGCGGCAGCUGGAGGUCGUUAAGUCCAGCUCCUACUGCGAGUACCUGCGCCCACCCAUCGACUGCUUCAAGACCAUGGACUUCGGGAAAUUCGACCAGAUCUAUGAUGUGGGCUACCAGUACGGGAAGGCUGUGUUUGGGGGCUGGAGCCGGGGCGACAUAAUUGAAAAGAUGCUCACGGACCGGCGAUCUGCUGACCUUAACGAGAGCCGCCGCGCAGACGUGCUGGCCUUCCCCAGCUCUGGCUUCACUGACCUGGCGGAGAUCGUGUCCCGGAUUGAGCCCCCCACGAGCUACGUUUCUGACGGCUGUGCCGAUGGGGAGGAGUCGGACUGCCUGACGGAGUAUGAGGAGGACGCGGGCCCUGACUGCUCACGGGACGAGGGCGGCUCUCCCGAGGGCGCAAGCCCCAGCACUGCCUCCGAGAUGGAGGAGGAGAAGUCCCUUCUCCGGCACCGGCGCUGUCUGCCCCUGGACCCUCCGGGCUCAGCUGCGGAGGCCUGAGGACCUCAAGAGGGGUCCCCCUGGGGCGGGGCCGGGGCUGAGCCCGGUGGGGGUGGCUCACUUCUCUGUCUGCUGCUAUGCCUGCCACCCUCCUGGGUUCCCCUUGAACCCCAGCCCCCCCCCCGGGGCCCACACACUGGACCGCCCUGCCCCCAAGGGGAGAGGCCACACCACACUGAGGACCAUGACCAGUCACUCCCAAUAAACCUUUCCCUC